AUGGGAGGCAGUUGGGGCGAGAACGAGGACAUUGAUUUCUACGGAAAACGUUAUCUUACGUUGCUGAGACAGAUAAUUUUGGGGCUGCCACAGAGUUCUGAGCUGGCACGCAUCAGUAUCGUACCCACUACCAUCCUUGGGGACCUAAAAAGGCAUCCGCUCUACCGAAAAGCGCUGGAUUUUAGGCACAAUUUGACAAGAUUUCAGCUUGUGGAGGGUUUGACAUCUGAGAAUAUUCGCCCGACUUCCUUAUUCAUCGCUGGAGGCUCGUGUCCUUACAAGUAUCCAGUACGCAUGGAUGAAGCCAUCCGGGCAAUUCCAGAAACAUUUCCACCAAUUCGACCGAGGGAAGAGCGCAAGAGACCGCAUAUUAUCCUUUACCCCAUGGAUCCAUGGAACAAAAUCGACUCGCCCUCCAUUACUUUGCAGAUUUUGAAAAAGCUCCAGAACGAGGGUUCGAAGUUGGUGAUGGUUUACUUCUUCAACAAAUCCCAUUCCGACUGGAAAGACAGUACCCACGGACUAUCUUCCAUAUACUAUGUUGAUUUAAUGCCACAGUCCGAGUACGGUGGCAAAAAAUGCCGCACUAUGUCUGAAGAAGACGAAGAAGGAUUAAUCGACCGCUUCGCUAUGUUCAAAACACUAUGCAGUAUGGCUCGAUCGGCCAGUAUUAAAGGCACAAUAACGCCUGGAUUCCUCUACUUUUCCUUACCUUAUCGCAUGCAACUACCAUCAGCAAAACUAACCAUCUCCUGUAUGUCUCGACUGGAUCCCUUUGAAGCGUACAAACGACAGAUGCGCCUCUGUUUGGCCAACUAUGACGCAGUGCAGGGUUAUAAACUUGGACGCUCCUCGGUGGAGGAUCUUGACAACACCUGCAUCAAACACCUCCUGACCACUGACUUUAGCAAACCAGAAGACAGUUGUAUAUCUCUUCAUUACGAAAUGAUCCUUCAGGACUCUCACAAUGGUCUCUUUGCUGUUUGCUACCGCCGAACGCGAGACAUGGAAAAGGUACGUGUGUUUCGCUUUCUGGCAUAA